CUGCAGCUACCCAAGACUUGUGGAAAAGUAGGCUCCAAAACUGCUUUCUCUCGCCUCCCCAGAGCCAGAUGGAUGUCAACAGGCUACUGCGACGAGACGGAGCCUCUCCGUUCUUCAGCGUGGCCCCGGGCCAAGCAGACGCCUGAGCGCGCCGCUCUGCAGAGCUGCCCUGCGGCACCAUGCAGCACGCGCCCUCGCCACGCUCAGGAGCACCUCACCGGGUGCUGAAGGCUCGGCCCCCAGGGCGCUGGCAUGCUUUGAAGCCCAGGUCCCUCUCCGGCUUGCAGUUUCACUGACCAGGCCCCAACCAUGAUUCCCCUCCUUCCCCAUCUUUCCUUCCUCCAUGUUGGUAGUCUCCUUGUUCAUUAAAAAAAACUGCUAAUUAUCUCAGCAGCUUGGAACUGGGUUGCAGCAUGGAAUUAAAACCAGCUUUUCAUUUUGGCAUCCACAACCUUGUGUAAUUAAUAAGAAAAGAGAAAGCCAGAACAUGCAGGUCAGCCCUGAGUGUGAGGAGGAGAUCGAUUGGACACAGCCAGCACCAGCCGUGAUGCUCUGAAGCUGGCCUUGGUGAGGAUGGGUUGCAUUUUGGGGCCAAACCAGGAAAAAAGAGGAGGAGAUGAGGUUCUUUCUUUCCUGGUUGUUCCUCUUUGGUUUUUCUCAUUUGAGCUUAAAGUCUGGACCAAGCUGAGCUCAGUGCAAACCCUGGUUCUUUGCCACUCAAUCUUCUGCACCUCUUUUCUGGGGAAGGAAUGGGAAAGCAAUCUGUCUAGGCAUGACCACAUGUUUUCACUGUGUGCCAUGCUGAGAAGAUCAGGAUGCUCCAAGAGAGUGGACUGUUGGAGACAGAUGCUUUGAUGGAGAAGAUGCUUUGAUGGAGAUCUGGAAGACCCCUGAAGGAACCCAAUGGCUAGGAAGUUGAAGGUGGGAUCAGCACCACUUGUGCUCCCGCCGGUGACAGAUCCUCUUCUGGCCACCUUGGCACAAGCAAGCGGUCACCACGUCCAAACAGGAACACUCCCGAUGGCCAUGCCAUGCUGGGGUGACGCAGCCCUUCCCUGUGGCCACCCAGCGUGGGAGGGCAGAGCCUUUGGGCACCAACACUGGCCUCCAGGAGAGGUGGCAGUGCUAGGACAGAGGGGACAAGACCCUUCUCCCGCCUUGCCAGAGCUGCCAGGAGCUUGUAGAAAGCAAACUUUCCUCCCUCCGUCUCGCCACGCUGCCAAUAGCAUCUCUGCUCGCGAGCGGCCGUGCCUGCUCUUCAAAGCAUUGAUUUACAAUUUGUUGCUGCUGUCACCGAGGAACUCCCGCUGCUGCUUACUACGGGCUUGCUGCUUUGCCAGGAUGGUCCCGAUGGGAGCCGAAUUGCUGCUGGAGCUGACAGGCCGGAGCAGGAGAGCAUCGCUCCUGGGGAGCAACAAUACCAAAUCGGGGUUCUAGCCCUUUAAAUCCGAUCCGGUACUGAAAAAAAAAAAAAAAAAGAGCGAGCAGGCAAGCAGGAGAGAGCCUUCAGACUCUUUCAAUUAACGCUUGUACUAUAUUCUGUCUUCUCAAGUAGCGGUAGGCACUCUCACUUCUGGACGACCUCGGGGCUCGCCAGCACCACGGCAUGGCUGGGGGCAGCCGCUCACCUGGGACCGGCAGCAGCAGAGUCACACUGCUCGCUUCGCUCUCCCCAUGAUGAGCUCGCGCACCUCCGUGAACCUGCCGCUGCAUCUGCCUGAUGGGGCUGAUCGAAGAGCGUGGAGAGGGGCAGCCCAAGCAUGAAGGUGGCCGAGGGGACGAGUCGCCCAGGGAGACGGAGGAGCUGCAGGAGAGGAGCAGGCAACCAGAGUUUCCCUCCUGGGAGAAGAUGCCAUUCCACCAUGUAACAGCUGGCUUGUUGUACAAAGGCAACUACCUGAACCGAUCGCUCUCCGCUGGCAGCGACAGUGAACAGCUAGCAAAUAUCUCUGUGGAGGAACUGGAUGAAAUCCGUGAAGCUUUCCGGGUGCUGGACAGGGAUGGGAAUGGCUUUAUAUCCAAGCAGGAGCUGGGCAUGGCGAUGCGCUCGUUGGGAUAUAUGCCCAGUGAGGUGGAGCUGGCGAUUAUCAUGCAGCGCCUCGACAUGGACGGGGAUGGCCAGGUUGAUUUUGAUGAAUUUAUGACCAUUCUGGGACCUAAGCUGGUAUCAUCAGAAGGCAGAGAUGGCUUUCUGGGAAAUACAAUAGACAGCAUAUUCUGGCAGUUCGACAUGCAGAGGAUAACACUAGAAGAGCUGAAACACAUCCUCUACCACGCCUUCCGGGACCACUUAACGAUGAAGGACAUUGAGAACAUCAUUAUCAAUGAAGAGGAGAGUUUAAAUGAAAACUCUGGCAACUGUCAGACAGAGUUCGAAGUGCAUGCCCAGAAGCAGAACAGACAGACCUGUGUACGGAAGAGCCUUAUCUGCGCAUUUGCCAUGGCCUUUAUUAUAAGCGUGAUGUUGAUUGCGGCCAACCAGAUCCUGCGGAGCGGCAUGGAGUAGCCUCUUGCCAUGACACUGUGAACCAAACUGACCAUGCAUGCGCAUGCCACCGGGUGAGCUUCCCCCGAACCGACUCUCACACGGCAAAGAGACAGAGGCAGGCAGAUAACGCACCAUUCGACAAGGAGCCUGGGGCCAGCAGCGUAACGUGUCUUGUGAAUCAACUACAUCCUUUUGGCAGGGACAUAAAAGGGCUGUCUUAAUGCUUUAAAGGUUUUGUUUCCUAAUGCAAUAAAAAAAAUACACAGGAGUUCUGAAUUAUUGCUUCAAAACAGCAAUGGUAACUUGGAAGACACUUUCAUCCAGCGGUCUGUUUUGCAGUUUCAAGGAGGCACAGCCUCGUGACUCAUUGCAGCGGGGCUGUCUUUUAACCUAGGGGCCAACUGACUAUUUUGCAUAGCUCUCCGCCGGGCCCACAUUCCCAAGAAGUUGAUCGUAGCAUUGCCACAAGCAAGUCUUUUUCAUUUUAUUUCAUGUACUUCAGCUUCACUUUGUUUUUCCCUUAUGACCAUGCCUUUGAGUUUACGGCAUUAGAGGGGAGCUAGAGCAUCCUUGUACAGUAUUUUCAAAGUAAAAAGAGGAGAAUUUGCCAGCAUCAUACAAAAUGUCUAUUUUUGCGUCAUAAAUGCUGCCUUUGACACCAGACUGUGGGGUAGCAUGAGUCUGUUUGCCAUUUUUUCCCACCGCGAAUCAGGGUUUAAGAACCACCACCUGCUUUCACACAUGGGCAUUCCUGAGAUUUGUGCACAGUCUUCCAGCUGACUGCAACCACCAGCACCAGCCUUCUCUUUGGUCCCACCUGCGUAUUCAACAACAUUUUCUUUCCAGAAGUCUUGCCCUCUCACUAUAUUGGUCUUCAACAACCUUAUCUGAGACCAAAACCAAAAGGAAAGCUCUUUCUCAGCUUUUCUCCCUGCUCCUCACCUGCCCGAUUUUUAUUUCAUUUCAUUUGCCCUGGUUGUAAUCUGCAGUGAAUCCUCCAUGUCAGACACCUUCUCAUGAGAGACAUUGCAUAUUCACCUGUGUGGUGAUGUGGGUUUUGACCAGCCAGCUGCUCCAGACCCUCAUUGGAGCCGUCCCAUCACUGCCGCCACCGCUCCACCCAUCCCUUGGACGGGCUCAAGAGAGGAUGAGCUGGAAAGCAGGCUGCAGCAAGAGAAGAAGGAAUCAAACUUGAGCAUACCGCCAUAUGUUAUGCAGUGUGUCAGACUUUCAGAUCCCGCAAGUGUUAGUUAUUUUUCCUGGAAGAGAUUUUAAUGUGCAGCAAGGAGAAGAUGGAGUGAUGCAAACAAGAGACACAACACAUCCCGUGGAAAGUGCAGGGACUGCACACUCCUGGAGCCAGGAUUACAUCUGAAAGUGUUUCUCCUUUUAAACAUGAUACAAAUCCUUGCAGUUACCUUCAGAUAAACUGUGCAUCUGCAUGUCACCCCUGGGAGAGAUCUGGUUUCCUUGACCUCAUGGGAGAUAUUUGCGGCUGGCACGUGCGGAGCCAGCGCGGGAAGCAUUCACGCAGGCGUCAGAGCUGCGGUGGCUUCAUGCUGCCAGCUGGGCAAGCUCCAGAAACACCAAGGAACGGUGAGAUCCUGCUCCUGGAACAUAGAUGACUGUUUCCUGUGUCAUGAGAGGGGGCAGGAUGGCUCCCAGAGGGAUUGUGGACCAUGAGCUUCCCUCGUCCUACACAGCAGUCAUUGGCUUAAGCCUGGAUCCAUCCCAAAGACUUGUUUCAGGUCUUUUUUUUUUUUUUUUUUUUUUUUUUGUUAUAAGUUCAAUUGAUAAUAUUUAACCUGUAUUUCUUUUUCAUAGCCUAAUUUGAAAAUGUGUUUCUCAUUGUUCUGUCUCCCACUACCCUUUUAAACUCACGUCACUGCUUAGGAUUUUGUCUUUAGGUGUGUGUUGUAGUCACCCACUUCCACAUUGCCAUUUUCCUGGUGCCCCCCUCCAUAUCUGAAGACGACAGCUGUCAUUUCCAAAGCGGCUGAGUUGUUUUUCUGCCUUCCACAAACACACACUUCUGUAUUUCUGUUCCGCUGUGACUAAUAGAGGUCAACCACAAAACAUUCCAGUAAAAUUUUUACAUCUCCCAGAAGAUGGAGGGAUUUGUGUUUCCUAUAGGGCAGGAGCAGACUUCAAACCAACAGCAGAAAAUCAUAGGCAAGCUCAAGCAAAGGAUUCACUCUGCUGGGGAAAACCAGGGGUGCUCCCAACACUCACUGUGCUGGAUAUUGCAGAUAAUGAGCUUGGAGAUCUUUUUGAGGGAACUGUCAUCCACAUUUUUAGGUCUCAGGGGCACAUGAAUUGGUGGGGGCAGCAGAAAAAAGUCUAAAUGUUACUUGCCACCGAGUGGUACUUCCUAAGAUUUUUUUUUUCCUGGGAUGGUGCUGGAGUGGAUGUGAGAAGCAGAGCAGACGGAGAUGGAGCAGAGGUGGGCACUGACCCACCAGCCCCGCUCAGCACAGUGGCUCCAUGGGGCAGAGCAUUGCCUCUUCGCUUAGCACAGAAAGACAAGUAAAACAUACACCAGGCUCUUCUCCACGUUCUUCUCACUCAUCCAACAGCUAACACCAGGCAGACUCCAAUUAUAACAGCUACCUUACAGACAAGAUAAUCUUUUCCAUUCCUCCAAGCUUUCUAGAGGCUCCAUAAUUUCUACAUGCAUGUUCCA